UCCCCAACUCUUCUCAACCCCCAAAAAAAAAAAAAAACAAUUUACUUUUCACCAAAAAAUUCCCCCAAAAUUUUCCUCCCAAACAAUAUGAAGAAAUCAGGAAUUUUUGUUGCUUCCUUAACUGCAGCUUCUGCUACUGCUACUUCUUCGUCCAAAGUUCGAAUUUCCCAUCAUCAGGAUGAUAAUUUGAAGAAAAAGGAUGAAAAUUUAAAUUCUUCGAAGAAAGUGGCAGCACCAAAAUCUUCAGAUAAAUUUGCACCAAAAUUUGAUGGAUUGAGAUUUAUUGAGACGCUGGUUACUGCUCAUAGAUAAAUUUACCAAAAGGGCAGAAAUUUUUUGACGGAUUUUUAGGAAAAUAUUAUUAUCAGAGGAAAAUUAUGAAUUGUGUGAUACCCAUUUUCUUGAAAUUCAUCUUUUUUUUUUUUUUGAGUUCCUAUUAUGGGUGUUUUGUAUAACUCAAUUGGCUAAUUGAUGACUCUGUUUGAGAGCUCUGUUUUUUGUUUAAUCUGAAUUGAAGGAAGAAAGAGAGCUUUUCUUUCUAA